GAAAAAAACUAGCCAAAGUUCAGCAAAGAGAAGAAAAAUUAACCAAUACUAAGAAGCAACAUAUUCAAAGAAUUGAUAACUUAACUAUCAAACUUGACCAGGUUCGCCAAAUUCUUGGUCAGGAAAACCAAGAACUUCGUGAUAAACUUCAAAAAUUACAACUCCGUCAAGAUUCAGGCUACUGGGACGAUGAGUAUGAAGUAGACCUUGAACCGAAAAAUUUUGACCGAACUACUCAAACCAAAAUAAUUACUUUUUCUUCCCAGGAAACCCAAGCCGAUUUGGUUGUCGAACCGGAUCAAGAAAUUUUAUCUCGCCUAAAUCGCCAGCAGAAAGAAAUAACUGAAUUAAAAAACUAUGUCCUUGUUUUGGAAAAGGAUUUUCUCGAUGCGGCAAACAAGAAUGAACUUUUAGAGCAAUGGUAUUAUGAAUUAGAAGCCCUAAUUAGAAAACAAGACCAAGAUUUAAGCAAUUUAGACCAAUUAAUUGAUAGCAAAAAUGAGCGAUUAACGACAACGCAAAAGAAAAAAGAAUGA